CGCACGGUCAUGUCCAACACUCCAGUUCUGAAGAUCAUAGUAGGCAACAAGAGCGACCUGGAACACCGGACAUCGGAACAGGCGGCCGCUGAACUGGCGGCGGCGUUCGGCUGUGAGCUGGUCUUACAGGUGUCCGCUAGAACAGGUGAGGGGAUGAAAGAGGCGCUUCAAGUGAUCGCGGGAAAACUUCUGGCCAGGAGCCGGGAGCGGAAACGGUCUCACCUGACUUCACCGGCUUCUGAUGACGUCAGUCCGCUGACGUUAGGCCGACGGGACACGACAGAGACACGACAGACGUCAAGAUGCUGCUGGCGACAGAGAAAUGACAGAGAGACGACAGAGAGACGACAGAGAGACGACAGACGUCACGGGACACGGGACAUAGACGGGACACGACAGAGAGACGGCAUACGUCACGAUGCUGCAGACGACAGGGACACGACAGAGACACGACAGAGACACGACAGAGAGACGACAGAGUGAUGACAGAGAGACGACAUACGUCACGAUGCUGCAGUCAUGACAGUUGUGUUCUGUCUUUUCUUGGAACUUCUUGCCAGGAAUAAUUAAGACUUUGACAACAAGUUUAUUUUGUAAACAUGACAUUAUGUUUGUUUAGUUGGAGAUACAUGUAUAUCAUCUCUAAGUUACUUUUGUAUCGACUUAUGUUUGGUAUAAACUUUUGUUAUUUCUUGUUAUAGAUGGUUUCAUUCGAUUAUCAUGAAAGUCCAUCUAUGUUGGUAGUAAUCAUAGCAAAACGUUGAACUAAAUUAUUUCUAUACACAAUUGUACAGGGAUCAAAUUUUCAGCGAUCACUGUUGCCUUCAUCAGGAUAAUCAAUGACAAAUCACUUCACAACGUGA